UUCAUGCUGGGUUGUAUGAGAUUGUGAGAUGCGUAGCUGAUGAGGGGCGCAUUCAGGUACAUUUGUGAUGUCCGUGUGUAACCGGCCAUCAAGACUUCCGGAUUCCUUACACAUUCUCGCCGGCUAGAAGUGACGGACUGUUUGCAUUACAUUAUCUGUUCGUGAUUUGACGUCAACUAAGUACUGAUCGGAUCUGUGAAACGAUAUUCUAAAGCAUGGACUCUUCUAGAAGAGACAGGAAAAUCAGCAAAAAUGAGGAAAUUGUAAAACCAGGUGUAGGACGUGGACAUCGUGUUUGGUCACAGUUAGACGCACAGUUAGAUCCCCCCCACAGUGGGGGACUCAGACGACCGCACGAUGUAUCAACUUCUAGUCAGUCCAGUAUCAAAUCCGACUCUUCGUCAUCUACAGUGAUGGUGCAACAUAAUCAAGAAGAGAAGAAAUUUGCACUAUCGCCACAGGCAGCAGAGUUUGUUCCAAAAUUCAGGCUGCCUCAGGUUUUUAAAUCACAGACUCCUUUAGUGCAAUCUCCUCCAGCAGAGCCUAACAUAUAUCUGCCUCCUCAACCUGCCCAGCAAUAUGCAAAGACUUCCGUACAAGACAGGAUCAGCAUAGCUCGUGGAAUGCCGCUAAAUGUAUCUAUACCUCCGUUUGCAGACGAGAGUACUCUAGAAGAUGCUUUGGAGCAGCAAUGCAAUAUACAAGAUACGGAUGUAGGAAAUUAUAAUAAUUAUGAAUACGAUCAAGAUGAUGUGAGUAAUAACAAGAAAGAAGAAAAGCAACAAAAUGAAAAGGAAGAAGCUUACAACUUAGAAACUUAUGAACAUCUCAAUAAAAUUAUCAACAUUUUAAUUAUGAAUCCUGCUGAGUUCACCAAUCUAGUUCCACCAUUUAUGGAUAAGCUUAGGUUGAGUGGAAAUAUGCGUUGCUUGCAGUUGGUUAUGACAACCAUAAUCGAAUGGUCUAUAGCGGAAAGUAAUUUUCGAUAUAAUGGAGCCCGAUUGUGUAAAUAUUUCGAUACCAGUUUAGAAAAUUCCAAAGAGUAUAUGUUUUCCAAAGACCUGUUCAGGGAAUUGUUGUCCUUCCAGUGUAAAUGGGAGAUCGGAUUACUAGAACCUGAAUGGCUUAAGCAAUCUGAGGAGCAACGGGACCAACGGAAAUGCAAUGGACUGAUCUUAUUUUUAGCAGAGUUAGUCGCUCAGAUGGAUGAAUCUUAUGCUUUCAAUUUAGGAGAACUUUUGGUUUUGUUCAUUACUAGGGUACUGCAAAGACCAGCGUCGAGCUCUGUUAAAUAUAUAUGCCAAGCGCUCAAAUUGGCGGGUCACGUCUUGGAGAAAGAUAAAAGCAGGAGCAAGGACAUGGAAAAUAUGAUGCGGGCACUAACGGAACUCGUGAAUAACGGACAAGUUGAUACGCAUGUAGGAAACAUGGUAAACAGUGUUCACGAAUUACGAAAGGAUUGGGGUACAAGCGCGUUCAAUUGUAAUUCGUCUGGGUCGAGUCAUGCGUUAUUUAAUGAUGUGCAGCGACAAUCUGACCAAUUGGGUGCGUCUAAUUACUAUUCAUCUGAAUCGCAUACUGUAUCGUUAAAAAUACAGCAUCAAGUACCGGAGACAACACGAUUUAAUCAACCUGUGAUGUAUGGUCCUGAUGGUUCGAUUCUGUCCGCGGAGGAAAGCGAAUUUCUUGAAAAAGCUGAUUUAGAGAUUCAAGGGACAUCUGAAGAAGAACCCGAUGAUAAUUAUGACGAUGAAAUUGCGACUGCCUACGAAGAGUUUUUAAGAGAAGCAAAGUGCAAAUAAAAUUCAAGACAAAAUCUCGCACAAAUGUUAAAAAAAAGAAUAAUUUGUGCAAAAUUAUACUCUGAGUCAAGCAUUUUUACUAUAGAUACAAAUAUCUUAUUUGAAGGUUUAUACUUUUCAAAGAGAUAGAGAUUUAAUUACAUGACAUUAAUAUGAUAUCUGUAUCACGAAAGGUAGGACAAGAUAUGAGUCGAUGGAAAAGAAAUGCACCAAACACAUAAAUAAUUUUAAAUUCAUAAA